GUCCGGGCUACCCUUUCUUUUGUGUGCGUUUCCUCUCGUUGAGAUUGAGAGGGGAUCCAUCUUUUCUUUUUCCUUUUUCCUGGGUGGAAAAUCUUAUCGACCUAUAGAAAACCCUAAUUUCUCAUCAGUCUCCGAUCCCUUGGUUUCUGUUUUGAUUUUGUGAAAUUUAGAACGCAGAGCUUUUUGCUUCUUGUUUGUGUCUGGUGGUUCACGACAUGGAUUUGGAAGCUAGCUGUAAGGAGAAACUUUCAUCUUUUAGGAUAAAAGAGCUCAAGGAUGUGCUCACUCAGCUUGGACUUUCGAAACAGGGGAAGAAACAGGAUCUUGUUGAGCGGGUUUUGACGCUUGUUUCUGAUGGACAAGCUGCCAGGUUGUGGUCUAAAAAGAAUACAUUGGCGAGGGAAGACGUUGCAAAACUAGUGGAUGAUACAUACAGGAAAAUGCAAGUAUCUGGGGCAAGUGAUUUAGCAUCAAAAGGACAAGUAAGUUCAGAUACCAAAGUCAAGGGAGAGCCUGAAGAUUCCUUUCGACAAGAAGUGAAAGUUCGAUGUGUUUGUGGAAGUUCUCUGGAGACUGACUCAAUGAUACAGUGUGAGGAUCCAAGAUGCCAUGUUUGGGAGCAUGUUGGCUGUGUUAUUGUCCCUGAAAAGUCUAUGGAUGCAAAUCCGCCGCUUCCUGAAAUCUUUUAUUGUGAAGUCUGUCGACUUACACGAGCUGACCCGUUUUUGGUUACAGUGGCACAUCCACUUUGUCCAGUGAGGUUUACUCCAACUACCAUCUCAUCUGAUGGUACAACCCCAAUGCAGAGUGUUGAGAGAACAUUUCAAAUCACAAGGUCAGACAAGGACUUGUUGGCCAAACAAGAGUACGAUGUUCAGGCUUGGUGUAUGCUUUUGAAUGACAAAGUUGUCUUUAGGAUGCAGUGGCCCCAAGUUGCUGAACUGCAGAUCAAUGGUAUGCUUGUACGCCCGAUUAGCCGACCUGGGUCACAGCUUUUGGGGGCCAACGGCCGCGACGAUGGACCUACUAUCAAACCUUAUAUUAGGGAUGGGAUUAACAGAAUAAUCUUGAGCGGAGGUGACAGUCGGAGAUUUUGUUUUGGAGUUAGACUUGUGAAGCGCCGGACUCUACAACAGGUUCUAAAUUUAAUUCCAGAAGAAACUAAAGGGGAGACGUUUGAAGAUGCUCUAGCACGUGUACGACGCUGCAUUGGAGGUGGAGGUGGAGAUGAUAAUGCGGACAGUGAUAGUGACAUUGAAGUUGUUGCUGAUUUCUUCGGUGUCAACCUUCGGUGUCCUAUGAGCGGUUCUAGGAUAAAAGUUGCUGGGAGAUUUUUACCCUGUGUGCACAUGGGCGGGUUUGACCUUGAGGUGUUUGUGGAGUUGAAUCAACGUUCCAGAAAGUGGCAGUGCCCUAUUUGUUUGAAGAACUACUCAGUUGAACAUGUAAUCGUGGAUCCUUAUUUUAACCGUAUCACUUCUAAGAUGAAGCAUUGUGAUGAAGAUGUGACUGAAAUUGAAGUGAAACCUGAUGGUUCUUGGCGUGUAAAGUCCAAAAAAGAGAGAGAGCUCUCUCAGUGGCACUUACCCGAUGGUAGCCUUUGCCCCUCUGCUGAUGAGGUUAAGCGGAAGAUGGAAACGUUGAUUCCGGUUAAACAAGAAGGUUUCUCAGAUGGUCCAACUCCUCUGAAACUUGGCAUAAGGAAGAAUCGCAAUGGCGUCUGGGAAGUUAGGAAACCUAAUACAAAUGGCUUUUCUUCCAGUAAUAAGGUUGGGUAUCAGGACAAGAAUAUUGUACCGAUGAGUAGUAGUGCUACUGGAAGUGGUCGGGAUGGUGAUGAUGCAAGCGUAAGCCAGGAUGCUAUUGGAUCCUUUGACUUUGGAACCAAUGGCAUUGAACUUGAUUCCAUUUCCAUGAAUGUUGAUUCAAGUUAUAACAUUCCUGACAGAAACCAAGCUGGAGAGGAUGUGAACAAUGAUGUUAUUGUUCUAAGUGAUUCUGAUGAAGAUAACGAUGUAGUAAUCACUACUCCUGGACCUUCAUACAGUGGUUGUCGAACUGAUGGUGGGGUGAAUUUUCCGUUGAACCCUUCUGGUAUCAUUAACUCAUAUAAUGAGGACCCACACACCAUGGCUGGGGGAAGCUCACGCCUAGGUGGUUUCAACGAUGAUGAUGAGUUUGUUACGCCCCUUUGGCCAUUUCCUUCUGAAACUCCAGAAGCGCCUCUGUUCCCACUGUUCGGAUCUGAUGCUGACGUUUCAGAAGGUUUACUUGGUUUGCAUCAUCAUGGCGGCCCACUAAACUGUGGUCCUGAAAUAAAUGGAGAUUACACCUUGGCUCCUGAGACAUCAAUGGCAUCUGAAGCAGUGGCGAACGAUGGAGGCCUAGUUGACAAUCCUCUUGCAUUUGGUAGAGACGAUCCUUCACUUCAAAUAUUUUUGCCAACGAAACCAGAUGCUUCAGCUCAGAAUGGUUUUAUAAACCAAGCUGAUAUGUCAAAUGGUAUCCGCAGUGAUGACUGGAUCUCGCUAAGGCUAGGCGAUAGCGCUGGUGGGAAUCAUGGCGAGGCUACUUCUGCAAACGGGCUCAACUCAAACCAGCAGAUGUCGACAAGGGAAGGUUGUAUGGAUGCUACGACAGAGACUGCUUCGUUGCUUUUGGGUAUGAAUGACAACAACAAGGCAAAGAGGCAAAGAUCAGAUAAGCCAUUUUCAUUUCCUCGCCAGAAGCGUUCUGUAAGACCUCGGAUGUUCCUCUCCAUUGACUCAGAUUCUGAGUGAUAUUUUGUUCUCUUCUCUCUCUCUCGGGAUGAUUCGGUGUUCCUUUUGAUUCUUAAUGAUAUGCACAGAACAAUCAACAGGAUCAUCAGACAGCAUACCGGAGUUAGCCAAGAUUUGCCUUGAUUCUCUGUGCAGUCAAGCAUCGAAUUGGUAGUGACUAUUUAUCUCUUUAUGUUGGUGAUCCUCUUCAUUAUCGGUUCAGAAUCUUGGCAAAGCAAAGCACAGAGGCUGAUUUAGUUUUACUUAAUAGGCAGAAAAAGUGGGAAUAGGUGGUUCCGGGUUAAGUAUACUCGAAUAGUUUUUUCUUAAUUAAUUAUUUUCUGGAAGAUUAUAAAAAUGAUUUGGGUGCCAGAAGCUAUAGAGGCAUGUAACGUUGUAAAUUAUGGGCUCUCUAUUUUUUAUUUAUUAUAAAAAUCAGCUCUUA